AUGGGCAAGAACAAGAACAAGAAGGAAGAGCAGCCCACCGAGUUUGUCAAGGCCGGCCCAUCCGACUGCGGCGUCAUCUUCGACGCCUCGGACGCCACCAUCGAGGACGCAAAGAAGCAGAUCCGCCUCGAACACAUCACAAAGCCUUGGACCCGCGACGCAUGGGAAAAGGCAAAGCCCUUUGUCCUCGAACAGAGGCAGAAGCUCGAGGGCAGCGGCUGGUCGAGCACCGACGCCGCGAGGACUGAGCUCUAUGUCCUGAGGCGCAACGCACCUCACGGCUCGUUUACCGAGGACGGCUUCAUGUACGUCCGCGUCCCCAAGAAGUUCAUCGACUUCAGUCGCUCCUCGAGCAAGGCCGACGACGACGCCGCCGGUGCCAAGGCCGACGACGCCGCGGCCGACGACGGCGACAAGAAGAAGAAGUCGACGCGAUCCAAGAAAAAGGAGAACGCCCCCUCGUACGAGAUGACCAACGAGUUUAUCUGGAAGGUCAAGGUCGACGGCGAUUCCGACGAGAGCGCGCGCGACCCCUCGGUCAUCCUCGACGUCGCCGAGCCGCUCGAGAACCUCUUCUACCUGGUUCAGUGCCUCGCCCCGGGCAUGGCGCGCCUCCAGUACAACCGCAAGGACGCCAUCCAGCCGGGCACCAAGCAGAGCGACCUCCGAGACGACGGCGACGCCCCCACAAUGCGCCACCGCGCCAUGGUGGCCGCCAGCGAAAAGAUGACGCGCACCCUGCCGCCCGCCUUUUGGCUCAAGAAGAACGCCGAGGAGCUCAAGAAGAUCUUUGGUGCCGAGGCCUUCGAGGCCACGAUGCACGCCGCCGAGGACCCGCAGCGCGCCACGACGCGCGACGUCAAGAACGUCCAGGAGAAGGUCUGGGAGGAGAAGAUUGCCGCCAAGACCGACGACAAGAAGGCCAAGAAGGACAAGGCGGCGAAAGCCUCGCAGGCCGUCGAGCCGGCCGUUGCGUAA